UUGAGGUUAAUAAACUAAAUGUAAACACUGGCGGAAAGUUUGAAGAAACAAUUUAAAUUGAAAUGGAUUCUUCUUCAUCUUUUCGUUCAUUUUCAUCAGAAAAUCCAUGGAGUAUUACUGGAAGUACGCUGGCGCCACUGACAAAUGCGUUGAAAAUAGCUGAAAACACAGGCCACAUUAGAAAGAGAAUAGCUUUCGAUGUGCAUCAACUUCAAGAUGACUACCAUCACAAGCUGCCAUCUAUAAAACUUAUAUCACAACUCAAGUCAUUGUCUAAAAUGAGAAAAGAACAUCACAAGAUAAAUUUAGAAGUUCAAGCAAGAAUGCAAGACAAAGAAACAAGUGAUUUAACACAUUUAAAAGGUUUAGGUGAGAAGAUAGAUAAAGUUCAAAGUUUAAAUUCACAUAUGCAGUCAAUUAUUGACAGCAAGGCACAGCUACUGACCAGAUUGCAACAGCCAUAUGUUGGAGAAUUCAUUAAAUUAGAAGCACAGUAUCACAGAUAUGCAAGUGAAUUUCUUCCCCAGAUAGCCCCAUUAUUAGCAGAUCUUAGUACACAUUUAGAUAAUAUAUCAUGGAUGAAAUUUCUUACAUUACCAGAUUCAAAAAUGGAUAACAUGCUAACAGAAUUAGGUAGUACGUUAGCAUCAUUACAGACCACAUUCCAAUCCUUGUGUCAGAUGAGAAACAGUAUGACCAAUGUAUAUUCUCACCAAGCUGUAGACUAAUGAUGCAAUGCCUGAAAAUCAUUUUUUUUUAAAGUUAUCACACACAGAUUUAUGUAUAUGUUUUUAUUAAAAUAUUUUUUUAUUA